GCCAGCAGGGAGCUGAGCAGCUCCUUCUCAGAAGCUGGGGACCCUCCACGUCUCUCCAGGUUGAAAGUCCCAGAAGGGGCUAAAGCCCAUGAGGCCGGCUGCCCUGGAACGUUCCAGUUCUAUCAACCCAACCUAAGGGCCAGAGGACAGGAGCUUCUGACAGAGCUCUCCUGCUACCCUCCGCAGUGACAUGACCUCAGGGUAGACUCCAGAACUGAGGCCCCAGGAUGACAGAACCCGAAACCCUGAAGCUGCUGGAAGUGGAGAGUCCCGAGGCCCCGGAGAAGAGCCCACCCCAGGCCUUGGUCCCCAAUGGCAGGCAGCCGGAAGGGGAAGGUGGGGCCCAGUCCCCUGGUGCUGAGUCCUCUCGAGUGGAGUCUUCAGCUGGGUCUUCCCCCGCUGAAGAGGGGACUGGAGAUGGUCUAGACAGCACAGUAAGCGAGGCUGCCACCUUGCCCUGGGGCACUGGCCCCCCGCCCAGUGCCCUGUUCCCAGAUCCCCCUGGUUGGCGGGACAUUGAGCCCGAGCCCCUCGAGUUGGAGCCACUCAGCAAACUGGAGGAGUUGCCUGAAGAUGAUGCCAACCUGCUGCCUGAGAAGGCAGCCCGGGCCUUCGUGCCCAUCGACCUACAGUGCAUUGAGCGGCGGCCCCAGGAGGACCUGGUUGUGCGCUGUGAGGCGGGCGAGGGCGAGCGCCGCCGGGCCUUCCUGCCCGCCCGAACCAUCCAGCCUGAGCCCUGUGAGCGCAAGUGGGCCGAGGCUGUGGCGAGGCCGCCGGGCCACCCCUGCGGGAGCUGCGGGAGCUGCGGGGGCCAUGAGGGCUUGAAGGCCGUGGCCUCGGUGGGAGCCGCUCUCCUCCUCUUCCCCUGCCUGCUGUAUGGGGCCUACACCUUCCUGCCCUUCGACGCCCCUCGGCUGCCCACCAUGAGUUCCCGCCUCGUCUACACACUGCGCUGCGGAGUCUUCGCCACCUUCCCCAUCGUGCUGGGGCUCCUGGUGUACGGGCUGAGCCUGCUGUGCUUUUCCUCCCUGCGACCCUUUGAGGAGCCGCGGCGGGAGGUGGAGAUCCACCGGCAGUACGUGGCCCAGUCGGUCCAGCUCUUCAUCCUCUACUUCUUCAACCUGGCCGUGCUGUCCACCUACCUGUCCCAGGACACCCUCAAGCUGCUGCCUCUGCUCACUGGCCUCUUCGCAGUCUCCCGGCUGAUAUACUGGCUGACCUUUGCCAUCGGCCGCUCCUUCCGCGGCUUUGGCUACGGCCUGACAUUCCUGCCCCUGCUGUCCAUGCUAGUGUGGAACCUCUACUACAUGUUCGUGGUAGAGCCUGAGCGCAUGUUCACUGCCACCGAGAGCCGCCUGGACUACCCCGACUAUGCCCGCUCGGACUACAGGCCCCGCCCCUGGGGCUGAAACAGUUCUGUCCUCUUGCCCCAGCCUGGGUACCUUGGUGAGAUGAAUCCCGCUCUGCCCUGACAGGGUCCCAUCCAAUCAGAGCUUGGAUUGACUGACCGCCCUCCCCUCUCCCCCAGCUCUCCCCCAUUCGGGGCUGGCCUUCACCUUCGAAGCCCAGGAUAGGCAUGAGGGAGGGAGGGAGGUAGACCAGAUGUUUUCUUGCAGGGAAAGGUGGACAGUUAUGUUCCUUAAGGAUGCUGAGGGAACAGGGCCAAGACCAGGGGAAGCCUCCCUGAGGUGCCUGCCUCCCACCACAGCCACGAGCGCCCACCACUGCUGAACUCUUCUACUCUCUGGCCUCCUGUGAGGCAGUGGGCAGAGCCACAGCCAAAACUCUGACCAUUUCUGUGCCAGCUGUAUAAGCAGAGGGCCUCAAGGAGACUGGAAAUACUGCUCUUGCCUAAAGAUAAAGGCUGGGCAUCAGAUCAAAUGGGACUUGCACGCUGGGUAAAUAAAACCAUCCUGGGGGCCUGCGUCGAGAACCCUCCAUGACUGGCCCUCACAAGCCCUUUAGUCUCAGUCAAGACUAUUACAGCUGCCCCAGCACAGAGCUGCUGCCUCCUGCCUUCCAACCGAUUAGGCCCCUGUAACUUCCCACUUCCAAACUGCCCAGAAGAGAGGAGCAGACAGGGAGGCCUGCCUCCCGAGAUGUGUGUGUGUGUGUGUUUGCGCGCGUGUCCAUCCGUGUCCAUGCAUGUGGUGGCUGGGGAGUGGUUGGAAGGCACAAUGGCUGGUGUUAACCCCGUGUGAAUGUGUGUGUGGGGUGGGUGGAACAAUAAAUGACUACCACAGUCUUACUGGGCUCUUUCUUCGUGUUUGCACCCUA